UGCAUUAUUUGCUUUUUUAUUAAUGAAAGGGUAAAAUCGUUAUUUCUUCUAUCUACUUCUUCCUCGAGAUUCUCUUUGCCCAGACCUAAAAUUGCAGCCGUGUUUUCAUAUUUUUUAACAUAAAUCACCAUUUUUAAGCUAUUUGCUUCAGUUAAACUCGGUUUGUUUUGCUAUUACCACUUAUACACGAUAUUUAGACCGAUUUCAAUAACGAAAUCACCAAAACCUGAAUUUUUUGCUUCUGAGCCGAGUUUUGGAGUGAUUAUGCCAAAAUCGCGGCGGUGAGGCUCGCCAAGCGCUUUUCCGGCGAGGAAUCGGACGUUCCGGCCGCGUUUCGAACAGGUAGGGUUUGGUCUGCUUCGAUUCUGUAUAAGUCUUUCUUGAUUUCUCUUCUCGAAGCUCCUUCGUUCGACUCUGGAGAUUACCGGCGACUGGGACUUGGAUUCCGGCAACUAAGCGGGCCUCGAUUCCAAGAUCGAACAGGCUUUGAUAGAAUCAAUGACGGUUCUCAAGAGGUACGUCCUGAGGCUCUUCAUGUCCAUCAAGUACAUAACAGCAAACGUGGUGGACAGAAACAACGGGAGAGUAGUGACAACAGCUUCAACCGUGGAGCACGCAAUCAAGAACUCACUAGAGUGUGGCCGUACUUGCAAUGCCAAAGCAGCUGCUAUUGUUGGAGAGGUUUUGGCGAUGAGGUUGAAAGUAGAAGGGCUCCAAGAUGGGCAAGGACGAGGUAUCCACGCAGAUGUCAAGAAAGAAAUUGAAAAGAAAGGGUUCAAGAGUCGAACCAAGGUAUGGGCUGUUAUUAACUCACUAAAGAACAAUGGUGUUACACUCAUCCUUGAUGAUUAUGAUGCUGAUGAUGACAAAGAUUAUCAUGAUCGUUCGUAUGAGGGUCAUCGUUAAAUUCACGAGCUUUACUUUCUGUGUCAUCUUCCUCCAGCAGUUGUGGAAUCUUAAAUUUGGUUCUGUAAACUUGGAACAGUAAAAUCUUUGUAAAGAGUGUUCAAGAUAAGUACUUUAGUUUUCUUUUCACGUUUA